AUGGCCGAGGGCAGCCGCACCGUGGCUGAGCUCACAGUACAAGGCAACCUCAUCCGAAAGCUCCCGAGAAAGACAGCGGUGCGAGUCGGGGACACUGCCUUGUUCUGCGUAGAGCUGGCCAGGCCAGAGGGCCCCGUCCGCUGGCUCCGGAACCAUGAGGAGGUGGUGGCUGGGGGCCGGGUAGCCAUCACCGCUGAAGGCACACGCCACACGCUAACCAUCUCCCAGUGCAGCCUGGAGGAUGUGGGUGAGGUGGCCUUUGUCGCUGGGGACUGCCGGACGUCCACCCAGUUCUUCGUGUCAGCCCCCAGGAAGCCACCACCGCACACCCCUGAGGCCCCUGUGGUGAAGGCCAAGACAGAGAAUUCCGUAACUCUCAGCUGGUCCCCACCACCCCACGGGGACCGCCCUGUCACCAUUGAUGGCUACCUGGUGGAGAAGAAGCGACUGGGCACCUAUACCUGGAGCCGGUGCCAUGAGGCCGAGUGGGUAGCCACGCCUGAGCUGACUGUAGACUGCGUGGCUGAGGAGGGAGACUUCCAGUUCCGGGUGUCAGCUGUAAACAGCUUUGGCCAGAGUUCCUACCUUGAGUUCCCCGGGACUGUCCACCUGGCACCCCAGCUGGCUGUCAAGACGCCUCUGAAGGCGGUGGAGGCGGUAGAAGGCAGUGAGGUGACCUUCUCUGUGGACCUCACUUCGGUUUCUGCGGGAGAGUGGUUCCUGGACGGGCAGAGCCUGAAGGCCAGCAGCAUGUAUGUGAUCCGCUGCGAUGGCACCCGGCACACCCUCACCAUCCGCUCAGUGCCUGCCAGCCUUCAUGGUGCCGAGCUCAAGUUUGUGGCCAAUGGCAUUGAGAACAAGAUCCGCAUGGAGGUCCGAGUGGCCCCAGGGCUGACCACCAAGCGCCCAGCAGAGGUUCGGGAGGUGAUGGCCCGGCUGCACGAGGAGGCACAGCUCCUGGCUGAGCUGUCGGACCAGGCUGCAGCUGUAACAUGGCUCAAGGACGGCCGAGCACUGCCCCCAGGCCCCAAGUACAAGGUGCAGGCUUCCGCAGGACAGCGGGCGCUGCUGGUGCGGGACGUGGCGCAAGACGAUGCUGGCCUGUACGAGUGUGUCAGCCGUGGGGGACGCUUUGCCUACCACCUGUCAAUUCAAGAGCUCACCUCUGUGGGGCCGCUGACUGUGUUUCCCUCCCUGUCCCCAGAGCCCAAGAUGGUGUUUGCCAAAGAGCAGCCAGCACGCAGUGAGGUGCAGGCUGUGGAGGGGGCCAGCACCACACUGAGCUGCGAGAUGGCCCAGGCCCAGACUCAGGUGACGUGGUACAAGGACGGCAAGAAGCUGAGUGGGAGCUCGAAAGUGCGCAUGGAGGCCAAGGGCUGCACACAGCAGCUGGUGCUGCAGCAGGCGGGCAAGGCGGACAGUGGGGAGUACAGCUGCGAGGCCGGGGGCCAGAAGGUCACCUUCCAUGUGGAUGUCACAGGUGCCACAGCCAUGCCCUGCUCCAGGUAG